AUGCAACUCCACCCACCUCGUCCACGCGUCGUCCACAGAGAUCCCUCUUCCACUUCGGUCUUUUCCAACGCUUCUUUCGUCAGCGCGCAUUCCAUGGCACGAUCGGCUCUCAGCGACUCGGAGACCGCCCAGCGAGGUCAGACUGCCUUUGACCCUCCUCCAACUACUGCCACAUCCGACCAUGCCUCAUCAUCGACCAAUCGCGCCGUCAGUCCGUCGAAAAAGAGGUUUGCACUCCAUUCCAAAAAGAGCAACCAGUCCUUCCCUGCCAGCGCGGCGGCUAGCGCUUCGCUGAGGCCACCCACUUCGAUUCUCAGAACCGCCGCCUCGCUUGCGCCGUACAACAAAGCAGACACGUAUCUUCAUGCACCCACAACCACACGGGGAAACAUCGGCAACGUUCGCAGCGCCGACAACCUUCGUGUGUCAGCCCUUCGUCAACAGAGAAGGAUAGGCUCCGAAGGCUCGCCGCGCUCGCUCACAUCUGCAACUUCGUCACCCUCCACGCUCCCGGAUGCGUUGCCUAUUCUCGACCUACCUCUUACCGAGAUCGAAGACGCCAUCACAGAUAAGAACUCGUCAUCUCACACCAAGGGUCCUAGUCAUGCCCCGUACCCAAACGGAAGCGCUAUCAACGGCCACCACGCCAUACAGGAUGGCCAACGUCGGAGUUUCAGUGGUAGCGACGAGCUCCGCAAUCGCGGCAGCGAUCCAGUCCUCAGAUCCAAGACCUCCUUCACAGGCAGCUCAAGAUCCGCUGCGGACAAUACUGAGCCUGAUGAUCGUGAUCUCUUGCAUCCCACCUGGGGUCAAGCAGACCCGACACCCGCCUUGAAUGAUGAUACGCAGGAUGGCGCCGUUCUCGACGGGUCCACUACCUUGUUGAACCCGACCUCGGGCACGGUGCCUCAAGACGGUCAAGAGAGUCCCACAAAAGCGUCGCGCAAUCUCAUGGGCAGGGGCUUGCCCAGCAAGAAGCGUUCCCUCACGUUUAGUAGGGACCCUAGUGCAGCCCACAUUCAGCGCACUUCGGCCGGUAUUCAUCUGCCUCGAGCUGUCGAUCACCACCGCGACUUCUCGCGCCAGAGUCGCGUGAGCAGAGCAUCCACAACCGGCACUUUCAACACCGUCGGCACCGUAGCAACAGAGGGCAGCUUUGGUGCCACAGCUGGUCCCUCCUCCAGUCUUGCCCGCAGGUUCCUCGUUGGCGGCAGUCUGCGUCGAGAUUCGAAGCGCUCCAACUCAACACCUGCUUCAAAUCAGCGUCUCAGCAUCGAUCCAACCCGCACCGUCUCGAGUCGCGAUCCGUUCGCUGUAAGCUCGCCGUCUUCUGCCCGAACACGCAAACAUACAUCUCCGUUCGCUGUCACCCGUCGACGCAAACUUCGUUCCACCAGCUACGCUUCGCUGCAACGCGACCGCUCGCGCCGCAUAUCUGCUACUGGCACUGAGGUGUCACUCGACGACUCUGCUUCGUCCACGCGUAUCAGAGGCGUUCGGCCGGGCGCGAUCGGCACCAGUGGCGGUGGAACCAAGUGGACCGGCGAAAGCUUUCAGGUCGGCGAAAGCUUCUGGCGCAUUGUCAGCGAGCGCCGCGAUUCGCUGCAAAAGUCGCUGCCGUGCACGUGCGGCCAUGCCCCAGGAGCCCUUGCAGACGACGAGUAUGCUUUGUCGAACCACUCCGACGCGUCCCGUCAGAAGCGGGCUGAGCAAUACGCUGCCAAGGUCCAACACCUCAAGCAAAGUCCAGACGGCGUCAUCACGCUCCUCGCGCAGGAAGCACAAGACGCGACGGAUGACAAGACAACAGUAGCACAAGCGAACGCUCUGAAUGACACUUCGAAGAAGCUGAGCGGCCAACAGCGCAAGAUGCAAGAUAGCAUCGUCACACACUCAAACAACGGCAAAGCCAGAGACGCGGCACCUUCUCGAAGAAGGCUCACCCACGAUGAGUCAGCCGCUACCAUACAGACUGUUCAUCCGGACGAGGCGACGCCUGUAGCUAUCGAAGCACGUCAGGGUUGGAGCGAGAUAGUGUCAAAGAUGUCGUCUCUUACGGGAGAGCUGAGCAACGGCUUGAAGGUGGGCAAGGCUGAUCGCAAGGGCAAGACUGCGUCGACGGGCGUAUCUUCCUCAUCCGCGCACCAAGCUGAGGCGCCUACUUUUGCACAAGUUCACCAGCCCGCCGCAAGUAAUCUUUCACAGGGAACAUCGCCAAGACCACCGACGGACUCCGAUCUCAAGAUUCUCGCCAGAUCUUCCAGUCUCAUCGAGUCGGACAAAGCUUCGACAGCCUCGAAGUCGGUGUAUGCUUCUCUCCAUCCGUCUACCCAAGCCAACGGCUUUGCGCCUCGCGCGUCAAGCUUGGCCUCGGGCAACGCGCCCGCCAUGACCAGAAGCGAUGCUUUGUCGCAUCCGGCCCCGCCGGCCUCCGUCGAAGCCAGCGAUCCACAGCUUGUCCAUCAGUUGCUUCGUAGAAAAAGUGACCUCGGCGAGAGGCCAGAUCACUUGCCUGACGCUGCUAGCGACCAUGCGGUGGCCAUUCGGCCUGUCGCUUCUCCACUCAGCCUGACCCCUGGUCACGAGCCAGCAACUCUCGACGCCGGACCAUUGCUGGAGCAAGACCCACUUCCGUUCGAAGGUAGUCCUACCGAAGAGAAGGCCGCUUCGCGCGCCAUGUCAAACGGCUUGCUCAAGGCCGUCGGACUUUCGGGGAACCCACAACGCAAGAAGACGGUCAAGUUCGACACAGGCUCUGUGCGGCCUCCACUCAAGAGUCGCUGGACCGCUUCUCUGUUCGGCGGUAAGUCUGCAGAGGCUGAAGCGCUGCCUUCGCACCCCUUCGGCGCUUCAGCUGGCGAUGCGCAGCCUCGGCCGCCUGCAGAAGUGCUUGCUCGGCCACAGCCUCACGCUUUGCAGAGGCCAACAUCGGAAGACAGCUCACCUCCGCGAAGCGAGGUUCUCGAGAGUGAAGCCAGCUUCGUCACCCGCAGGAGCGAGCUCAAGAAGGAUCGCAUGCUCGUCAAGAUCGCCUGGACGCCGCACGAGGAUCUGCCCGGCGACUUCGACGAGCUGCAAGCGCGCAAAUAUACGAUUCGAGAGGAGGACUGGCACGAGUACGUCGUGGUCUUCCGCAUGGGAAAGCUCGAGCUCUGGGCGGAUCCAUCGUUGACCAAUAAAAUUGUUGGAAACGGCGACCAUCUCAAACUACGCCUGACGAUUCCCCUCUCUCGGGGUUCGACCUUCGUCUCGCUCUACUCUCCCAUCGACCGGAUCUUUUGUCUCACCUUCCAGCCAUGGAAGGUACUCUCAGCUCAGCACAACAAGAGAGGACUCCAUCUGCGCAGACAGGGUACGGACAUCGUUCUCUUCGAUUGUCGAGCACGCUCGGCGGCAGCAGACUGGGUAUGGGAGCUCUGGAGGGAGCUCGGCGGACUCAUUCCUGAAUCGCUCGAGGUGCACGUUCCCUCUUUCGGCCUGAAGGUGAAACUUCCAGUGCCCGAAACUAUGCCAGUCGAGCGACCGGAAUCGGCCACGACACCUGCUAGUCAGCUCAGCGCCGGCACAGGGGGUCUACUCGCCCUCAGCUCAAUUGGAGAGUCCAAGGAAGGAGGAGAGGGCUUCAAGCUCGUCAAUCGCAACAAUGUGAUCGCCAUGAUCUGGAAUCUCUUUCGCCGAGUCGAGGAGUGGCGCGAUCUCGUGAAGGUCUCAGAGCAGCGCGGUCUCAGGCUCGAACUUGCGUGGAGGCGCGGCACAGAGCUUGACUGGAUCAUCUACGAAAGGACCGUCGAGAACGAGCCGCGACAUUGGGCCGUCUUGUGCGGAGCGCUGCUCAGAGACUACAAGCAACCUGCCAUCUUGGAGCUCAGGGCUGCCGCUCACUAUCCGACGUCCGUGCUCCUGGCACCCGGCCAGUUCAUGCAGGAACCCCCUGCUGUGGAAGGGUUCUUGUGGCGUGUCAAGGCAGUCUCGAAUUCUCUCACCCGUCUCUACUUUUCGACGUACGACGGCCAUAUCUACGUAUGUCGCAUGACCCGAGCAUGCGAGCCCGAUCGCCACCUCGAAAGCCUGAUGAAGGAGGCCAUGAGCACGCGGGUGCCACGCGCGAGUGGCGCGACGCAGGGUCGAGCAUCCCAGCCUGCGACGCCUGCGACAAGGACCGCCCUGUCCCGUGCUCUCGGCAAAUUUGUGGGCGCCAACAAGUCGGCGCGACGCGACGAAGACAUGGCGACGCUACGUCAGAAUGUGUUGGACGCCAUCAGCAUCACGGCGGAGACCGAAGAAGAGCUUCAAGCGCAAAUCGAGGCGUACGAGUCGUUCGAGAGACGGAGGCAGUUUGAGCAAAUCCGAGGCUCGGACGGCUUUAUCGAUCUCAAGCAGAUCCACACCAUCAAAACAGCCGGCAGCGGUCCUGUUCGUUGCCCUGGCGAAGACGACAUCCGUCGACCCAUGCGCAGAGCUUCGAACCCGCUGACCGAAAAAGUGAAGGGUGACCUCGCAGUUGCUCAGCAAGACGGCGAGGAAUCCGACGACGAGGAUGCAAGCCACACAAUCGCCGAUAUCGGUGGUCGAGAGGGCUACGAACUCGCCGAAGACGUCGACGAAGUACGACGCGCGCGCCAGAUCGUUAUGACCCUCACGAACGGCAAGACGAUUCAACUCGAGGCCUUCAGCGCUUCGGUGGCCCGUGAGUGGGUGGAAAGCAUCGACGCGCUCGUCAGAUACUGGCGCAGAAGAGAGCGAGCCGACGCGGCACAGCUCAUGUACGCGGCCGGUGUGGAUAUUUCCGAGCUGCACAAGCAUCUGCAGGGGCGCAACGCGCACAAGCACGGUCUUGACGGCGGCGUCGACGAGCAGAAGCUUUCCCCGAUGCUGAGCAACAUCUGGAACUGGUGCCAGAUCGAAGGCUGCCGCAACAUCAUCCGAUCGGGCCGGCUGUUCCACAAGAAGAGCAGCUACAGCGCUUUCAAGAUGCGCGACUACGUCCUCAUCGCUGGGCGGUUGAUCUGCUUCAAGCUGGUCAACUCGGUCAGGACCACACGGGCCAGGCAGAACAAUGGUAUCUUCCAUCGACGACAGGACACGGUGAUUCAUCUGCGCGAUGCUUACGUCUACAGUGGCAAGCUGAGCGAGGAUAUGCUCAAGAACGGACGAUCGGAUCCGGCCCAGGCCGUCUCUGGUAUCGGCGGUGGCGGCUCAAACAGCGGCAAACGUCAUCGCGUGCCUCGAGUGUAUGCCGAUGGUCUCUUCUCGAUCGAUGACGACGAGGACUGCACCUUCGUGAUUCGGUACCGCCCAGAGCGAGUCAACGUUCCGGCAGAUCCGGCUGUCUCGACGAGCUUGAACGAGAAGAAGACCGGCAUCGCUGCGGGGUCGAAAGGGAAGGAGAAGGCCGAGUCGCGAGACACGGCAUGCAGCUUGCCGAGGCUGGACGACAAGACGCACAAGUACAUUGCGAUGCGGGCGCGAUGCAAGACGGAACGAGAUCUGUGGGUGCGAUGCAUCACGUACGAGAUCGAGAAGAUUGUGCGGGACGAUGUGGAGCGCGAGAAGAAGCUCAAGAACCUUGGCAAGACCGACUACAAGGACAAGUAG